CUUUGGGACUGGAGGGAGCAGUAUUCCUGGCUGCAUGUCCUCGGCACUGAUCCAGGCCACGGAUUCCAGGAUUCUAUACGCAAGCUGGGAAGUUAGGAGACAGGAGAGUGGCUACAAUGACUUCAGCAGUCCUGGUGGACAUCCGAGAUGAAGUCACCUGUCCUAUCUGCUUGGAGCUCCUGACAGAACCCCUGAGCAUAGAUUGUGGCCAUAGCUUCUGCCAGGCGUGCAUCAUAGGCAACAGUGAUAAUUCAGUGCUCAGCCAAGAAGGGAGGAGCAGCUGUCCCGUGUGCCGGACCGCCUACCAGCCUGGGAACCUCCGUCCUAACCGGCACCUGGCCGCCAUAGUGAAGAGGCUCAGAGAGGUCGCGCUGGAUCCUGGGAAACAGCUCGAAGUCAUUUUUUGUGCACUUCAUGGAGAGAAACUCCAGCUCUUUUGUAAGGAUGAUGGGAAGUUAAUUUGCUGGCUUUGUGAGCGAUCUCUGGAACACCGUGGUCAUCACACAUUUCUCAUGGAGGAGGUGGCCCAGGAGUACCAGGACAUGUUCCAGGAGUCUCUGAAGAAGCUGAGGAGGGAGCAGCAGGAGGCCGAGAAGCUGAAAGCUCUUAUCCAAGAGAAGAGGGAGUCCUGGAAGAGUCAGGUGGAGCCUGAGAGACACCGGAUCCAGACAGAGUUUAAGCAGCUACGAAGCAUCCUGGACCGGGAGGAGCAGCGGGAACUGAAGAAACUGGAAGUGGAAGAGAGGAAGGGGCUGAGCAUCAUAGAGAAAGCCGAGGGUGACCUGAUCCACCAGAGCCAGUCACUGAAAGACCUUAUCUCGGACCUGGAGCACCGCUGCCGGGGGUCCACUGUGGAGCUGCUGCAGGAUGUGGGUGAUGUCACAAAAAGGAGUGAGUUCUGGACCCUGAGGAAGCCCCAGGCUCUCCCCACCAAGCUGAAAAGUUUGUUUCGAGCUCCGGAUCUGAAGAAGAUGCUGCGAGUCUUUAGAGAGCUGACAGACGUCCAAAGCUACUGGGUGGACGUGACUCUGAAUCCACAGACUGCUAAUCUAAAUCUUGUCCUGUCAAAAAACCGGAGACAGGUAAGGUUUGUGGGCGCCAGGCUGUCCGAGCCGUCCAGUCUGGAAGAGCAUUAUGACUGUAGUGUGCUGGGCUCUCAGCACUUCUCCUCAGGAAAAUACUACUGGGAAGUGGACGUGACCAAGAAGACAGCGUGGAUCUUGGGCGUAUGCCUUACCCCGGUGGAACCCAUGUUCUCUUUCAGCCAGUACUCCAGCAAGCAGGGGGCCUACUCCAGGUAUCAGCCGCAUAGUGGAUACUGGGUGAUUGGGCUGCAGCGCAAGCACGAGUACAGAGCCUAUGAGGACUCCUCCCCGUCCCUGCUCCUCUCCAUGACCGUGCCUCCUCGACGCAUUGGGAUUUUCCUAGACUAUGAGGCUGGCACCGUCUCCUUUUACAAUGUCACAAACCACGGCUUGCCCAUCUACACCUUCUCGAAGUAUUACUUCCCUACUGCCCUCUGUCCGUAUUUUAAUCCCUGCAGCUGUGUGGUCCCGAUGACCCUGCGGCGCCCAACUUCCUGAGGUUUGCUACUCCUGCACACAACUAGGCAGAUUCCUUCAAGCACGUGAAUUUCCUCUCGAGUCUCCGUUCUCUGUUCUCCUAGUAGGAUACCGCCCACUGCUGAUAGUGAGCACCCUUGACCGAGCUCAUGGAAAAGUAUUUAGUGUUUUGGGUUUUUAGUACUUUGUUUUUGGGUUGUUUAUUUAUUUUGUUUUGUUUUUGUUUUUUGGGGGUUUUUUGGAGAUGGGGCUUCUGGAACUCUUUUUGUAGGUCAGGCUGACUUUGAACUCUAUGUGAUUAAGAAAGUAAAUGAGAAUUGAUCCAGAGUCCCAAUUACACAUGGACAUCAUCGUACCUGGCUGUGAUUUUGUUUUAAUAUUGUUGGAGAUAUGGUCUCCAUAAAUAGCCGAAACUAGCCACAGACUCAGCCCUUCUGCCUCAUCUCCCAAAUACUAAUUAUAUAGGUCUAUCUCACAACACCUUGCUAAGUAUAAUAUUUGGUGAUUUUUUUUUCCUUUACUGAUGUCUGUGGUCAAAUGUAAAAAAAUCUUAUAAAAUAGAUGGGAGGGUUUUUUUUUACUAAAUAUUGAAUUGAAUAAUUUUUUAUAGUUAUUGAGAUAAUUGUGUAUCCUUAUUCUGCUCCUGAGUUGUCUCAGUUGUUAAGUUCACCAGUGAUUCCUGAAGUAAAACUGUUACGUGGUACAUUCAGUACUUUAUUUUUGCUAACUCUAGGUUUGGUUUUCAUCUAUUUUUAUAAACAAAACUACCUCUAAUUUUGCAGUCUUGUGUUAUCUAUCAGAGUAUAUAAAAAAGAAAUUAUGGGCAAGGGAUUUUAUAUGUAUAUUUAGGAUAAUAAUAAUAAUCGACUGACCACCUUUUUUUGAUGGUUUCGAGAAGAGAUUGUAGCUUCGGUUUUAACAAUAAAUGCUACCACAACCCUCAGCCUUCAUCAUAAAAUUUUAAGAUUGGUAAUAAAAAAUGGAAAAAUGUGCUUGAAAGGGAGAUAAAGUAAGAUAAGGAGAAGACUUUAAUCAACCAGCAUCAGUUAUUGUCUCGGAGCAGGAAGAAAUGCAGUGAACCACGUUCACAGUGAUUUAUUCUGACCUCCCCAGCCCCUCUUAUUUCUUUUAUAGAACUAGGUACUGACUGAACUCAGGGCUUUUCCCGUCAUGAGGAGACAUUUUAGCAUCGAGCUUAACAGCUCCACGCCUUGUGUUUUGUAUUUUGUUACUAUUGGGUUUUGUUUGUUUGUUGUUUUGUUUUGCUGACACAGGGUCUUACCAAGUUGCCUGGGCUGGCCUUGAGCUUGCUCUCAAGUCCAGGCUGACUUUACGUUUGCUUCAGCGAUCCGAGGAACUAGGUGUAUAAGCUAACACUGACUCUUCAUCUCAGCCUAGACCUUUGUGCUCAAAUCCAAAUUGCAAAUGAGCGCCCUGCUGUGGCAUGGCUGGAAAGGUGCUACACGCUUUCAUAGUC